UUUUCAAUGUUACUCACACAUUAAAGAUACGAUUAUUUUAUUAAAUCACUUUGCAACUUUUCAUUAACCUUGCAUAAACCACAGAUGUCAGAACAGUAAACUGCAUCAACUUAGCAUUUUCUAUCUUGCAAGUUGUAACUUCUGUUGAUAAUUGAAGCGUUUUUCCAAAGUUUUUUACUUUACAUUACAGCUUAAUCAUUCUUUGAUACCUACUACUAACAAGUUUACUUUAACAUUAGAAGAGUGAAGUGGACAUUAGUUUAAAAAAAACUAUGGAGAAUAAAGCCGACUUUCAGUAUCCCCAUACUUUUGUACUACUAGGCGCUUCGGGAGAUCUUGCUAAAAAAAAGAUUUAUCCUACAAUAUGGUAUUUGUACCGAGACAAUGUUUUACCGCAAAAUACCAAAUUCAUUGGAUACGCACGAACAAACCAAACUUUGGAGGAGGUGAAAGAAAAAUCAAAAAAGUUUAUGAAAGUUCGACCGGGAGAAGAAAGUAAAUUUGAUCAAUUUUGGGAUGCAAAUGACUAUGUUGCCGGCUCAUAUGAUCGAAGAAUUGACUAUGAACUUCUAAAUCAACAUAUUAGUAAGUAUGAGAAAGGGCCCCUUGCCAAUAGAAUAUUCUAUUUAGCUGUGCCACCAACAGUAUUUGAGGAUGUCACUGUAAAUAUUAAAAAUGCCUGCAUAGCAUUAAAAGGAUAUACACGAGUUAUUAUCGAAAAACCUUUUGGUAGGGACGACCAAAGUUCCGAGAAGUUGAGUAAUCAUUUGGCUAGUCUAUUCAAAGAAGAGCAGAUUUAUAGAAUUGAUCAUUACUUAGGGAAGGAAAUGGUACAAAAUCUUUUGACAAUUCGGUUUGCAAAUCAAAUCUUUAGCCCAUCCUGGAAUAGAGAAAAUAUUGCAUCUGUUUUAAUAUCUUUCAAAGAGCCCUUUGGUACAGAAGGAAGAGGUGGCUACUUUGACAGUUUUGGAAUAAUACGCGAUGUGAUGCAAAACCAUCUUCUGCAAAUUCUUUCACUUGUUGCUAUGGAAAAACCAGUAACUUUGAAUCCAGAUGAUAUAAGAGAUGAAAAAGUCAAAGUACUUAGGCACAUCAAACCUAUAGAGCUCAAAGAUUUACUAGUAGGACAGUAUGUUGGCAAUCGAAAUGGACAGGGAGAGGAAAUAUAUGGUUACCUGGAUGACCCUACUGUGCCCAAAGGCUCUGUAACUCCUACAUAUGCCGUUGCCGGUAUUUAUAUCAAUAACUCAAGAUGGCAAGGUGUACCAUUCAUAUUACGCUGUGGAAAAGCACUAAAUGAGAGAAAGGCAGAAGUAAGAGUCCAAUAUAAAGAUGUACCUGGUGAUAUUUUUGAAGGCCACACAAAAAGAAAUGAAUUAGUUAUACGUGUUCAACCAGGAGAAGCAUUGUAUUUAAAAUUAAUGAGCAAAUCACCUGGUAUGAAGUUUGAUUUGAUGGAAACAGAGCUAGACCUGACAUAUAGCAUGAGGUACAGAGAAACAGAUGUUCCAGAUGCAUAUGAGAGAUUAAUUCUUGAUGUGUUUACAGGAACACAGAUGCAUUUUGUGAGAAAUGAUGAGUUAAAGGAGGCCUGGCGCAUAUUUACACCAGUCUUAAACCAGUUAGAGGAGCAACAGGUUAAGCCUGUUACAUAUAUGUACGGGUCACGCGGUCCUCCUGAGGCUGAUGCUAAGUUGGCUGAAUAUAACUUCAAAUAUUCAGGCUCUUAUAAAUGGCAAAAGCCAACACUUCAUUAAAUAUUGAAGCAUUAUUUGUGGUGAAGGUAUUUUUUUGGCUCAACUUUUACAUAUGCUUAUUAUACUUUAAAUAUAAUGCUAUUGCAUACUAAUGCAAAAUAUACCUUUUGAACAAUUUAUUAGUUAACAUUAAUAGAGUACAGUCACUAAGUGGCAGUCUUAUUAAAGGUUAUUUUGAGGUCACAGUAAACUUGUUGACAUAAUUAAAGAUUAGACUUGGUACAUAUAUUGUCAGUCUUGAUAUUUUUGUACAACAUUAAUUAAGAACUUUAUUAAGUCAUUCCCAUUUAAUUAAAUAAUUUUAUAUUGUCAUCACAGCACUUGAUAAAGAAGUUCAAGAUUGUUGUCAUGUAAUGUUAUUAUGCAGAGGUCACAGAUAUCACCUUGAAAUGCAGAUUUACUACUUAUUAAACACAACUGCAUUUAUAACUAUUGUUUUAUCCAAGUCUCAAUCAUUCAAUACAAGGGUGUGUGUAUUAUAAGGAUUUAUGUUUUAACUAUCCUAUUAACUAUCGGUAGCAGGAUAAUGGUAUGGGUAAACAUUUAAAUGUGCUAAAAAAAUUCAUUUGUGAAUUUCUAGAUUGUUCUUAUUACUUAUUUACAAAUCAUAAUCUUUUUACCAUAAUGCUCAGUAUAUGAUAUUUCCUUAGUACCUGUGUUAAAAUAUCUGCACUUAAGUUGUUUGAUUAGGCAACUUCCACAAUUUAUAAUUACAUUGCACUUCUGUUGUUAUGAUCAAGUGUUUAUAGCUGAUAUAUUAUCUGUGAUAGAUUAAAUGCAUUUUGAAUGCUUGAGAGAUAGGUAUGUAUUUGUAGGUAUUUACUAGGUUUAAUAGGUACCAAACCACAUUUGGAAUACAAAUUGUUUUGAAGAAUAUAUCUGUUUGCAAACUUGUAUGUUUACACAUCAAACAGGGAUGAAACAAAAACUUAAUCAGAACUUUUAUAUUUUAUUUUCAUAAAAUUCAACCCAUUAAUUAUUUUUUAAUAAGGGUAAUUAUAUUAAGCUGUGUAGUGUGUGUGUAGUGGCGUGUAUAGAGGUGCAAAUAAUAUAACAUUAAGAAAAUCUCCAGUGCGAGUUACAAAAAACUUAAGAAUAGGCAAUGUAAGAGUUAUAUAAAGUCUACCUUUAAGUAUUUAUAACUAUGUACUGGAGAUUUUCUUCAUACCCUGUGCAUAACAUCUAUGCACGCUACUGGCCGUGUCAUUACGAAAAGUAAGCUGAACAAAAAUUUUAGGUAAAGUGUUUAAUGAUUUUGACAAGAGUUUAUGGUACCUAUAUUUAUUUUACUAAAGGUUGUAUUUUGAACUAAAUUGAAGUAGCUAUGUUACACACCACAGAAUUAAGAACAUACAGAACCCUCAUUCAGCUAUUAUGGUGUGCAGUGCAUUGUGUCCAAAAACAGUUAAAACCCUCUGCACACUUCACACCUGAAGAAGGUUUCUAGCUCACCAACUUUUCCCAUUUUGUUGUAAACGUUUAGAACAUAAGAGGUAAAAUAAUUGAUGUCAACUGCUUAAUGGAAUGAUGUAACUAACUGUCUGUUUGAGAAAUACUACUUAAAUGAAGUGUUGUUUGAUGCUUCAAUAUUAGUUGUGUUCAUGGUUUCUGUAUAUUCUUUAUUCUGUGUUAUAUACAUACUUUUAAGAGGAAAAGAAAUAUCAUUAUUAUAAUUGAAUAAUAUUGUUAUUAUUGUGAUAAAUCUACACUUAUUAGGUGAGUAAUUGAAUACCUACUUGAGUACCAUAAUAAUGUGAUUACUGAUUCCAGAAAUUGUUGUAACACUUGCUAUUUAUUAUUUAAAGUAAUGAAAAUCAAUAGGUAGGAUAUUGUAUGUUGAUUUUGUAUGGGAACAAAAUCUAAGUUAGGCUGAAUAAAACAUGGCAGUGACUUUGUACAAUACAAUGGCUAUUUAAAUUCUAAUUUUAUUAUAAUAUUAUACAUUUACAUUUUUUUUAUUUUUUUGACGCAAAUAUUAUUAAUGAACAUACAUUUUGCAAAACCUAUCUUUUAAUUAGUAAAUAUAAGAGAAUUUAUAGUUCCCAACAGUAUGUAAUUAAAUUAAAUUUAAAAAACAGUAACAAUUAUGACAAUGAAGCAAGGCUGCCAAUUAUCUUAUAAACAAAUCUUCUAAAUUGACAAGUCUUUAAGUAGUCCUAUACUUACUUUUCCAUACAUAAUAGGUUUAUCAGAGCAACUAAGUUUUCCUUCGAGAUUUGUGUACACCAGAAUUGGCACUACUGUCUUCUAUACUUUGUAAGUUUAAAUGGAGCAUUGCAGAUAUUAUUUCUUGUUUUUUGAAAAUUUUAAUAAUAAGAUGUUUAAUAUAUAUUUUUUUAUAAUUUAA